AUGUCGGUUAGGUGGAAGCGGCUUCAAGCACAGCUCGGUUUCCUGUCUAGUGGACUGCGCAUGCAGCAUACAAUUUCGGAAAGCAAAGCACAAGGUGAACGAGCGCAAACUAUAGCAGAACGACUGUGCAAGGUACGGGAGCGAAUUCAAGUCGCUGCGCUUGCCGCAAAACGCGACCCUGCACGGGUUCGCCUAGUUGCUGUGAGCAAAACGCACGCUGCCGGUACCGUGCGGGAGGCGUAUGACGCAGGUCAACGCCACUUUGGGGAGAACUACGUCCAGGAGCUGGUUGAGAAAGCGGAACAGCUACCGACAGACAUAAACUGGCACUUUAUCGGACACCUGCAGAGCAAUAAAGUGAGGACGCUGUUGAGUGUCCCGAACCUCUGGUGCGUUGAGACUGUCGAUCGACCCAAGCUUGCGAAUACACUGAACCGCCUCAUGGACGAGUUGCGUCCCGACGGAGGUCCGAUACCUGUGAUGGUGCAGGUGAAUGUCAGCGGGGAAGCGAGCAAGGCCGGGAUAGAACCCGCUGCCGCUCCCGAACUCGUCGAGCACAUCCUGCAGGCUUGCCCGCGGCUGAAGCUCCUCGGUUUAAUGACGAUAGGCUCGCCGGACCCGAGUCCAGAGCCUGUGGCGUUCCAAAGGCUCUCGCACUUACGAGACCAAAUACAGGACCGGUUUAGGUUUCAAGAGCCGCUCGAGCUCAGCAUGGGUAUGAGUGAUGACUUUGAGGCGGCGGUACGCAUGGGUAGCACCAAUGUACGCAUCGGAUCCACUAUAUUCGGGCCGCGUGUCUAUCCGCAAUGA